UUUUGAGAUGAGGGGGGAGUGGCUAGAGUGGGACUGUUAUAAAACUCUGGGACGCUCAGUCUUUCUUUUCAGUAACAAUUUACACUCCAAACGUUCGUCAUUAUGAUUUUGCUGAGGAGUUUAAUCGCCUUUGUGGGCCUUUUGGCAUUAGCCAAAGGGCACAGUUAUCAUAUGGGGUCAUGCCCCACGGUGGAACCUCAAUCGGGAUUCCAAAUGGGCCGGUUUCUGGGGACUUGGUACGUUAUUCAGAAGACCUCGACAGCCAGUAAAUGCAUCAGCUAUAAUUACACACGGGGAGACGAGCCUGGGGAGUACAUAAUCACCCAGGACUCCAAUCAUCCUGUUCUCGGCCUCACACCACUGAAGCAUGAGUACCAUUACACUGGAGAACUCACUGUACCCGAACCAAGUACACCAGGACGUAUGAAAGUUCGUUUUCCAUUGAGUGUUGCAGGCACUGCAUCUCACGUAGUAUUUGCAACAGAUUACGACACGUACGCUGGAAUUUUCACGUGUCAGUCCCUGGCAUUUGCCCAUCGCCAGAGUGCAACCAUUCUUUCACGUACCAAGGAACUUGAUAAAUCGAAAGUAGAUCAGAUCAGAGCUAAAUUGACUAGCUUUGGGGUUGAUCCCUUUGAGCUCAGUAUUGUUCCACAGACGGGGUGUGAUACUGGCAAGGAUCCUGUCGAUAUCGAUAUAAAUCCUGGGACGUUCACCGCUGAGAACUUUGGGAAAUUGUUUAAAAAAGCUGGGGAGAAAAUCGGAGAUGGUGUUGAAUGGGUGGCUAAUGCUGGGAGCAAAGUUUAUCACAAAAUAGCCGGUUCUGAGGAGAAGGAAAAGAAACCGAUCACAACUACACCACCAAGUUAUGGGAAAAUCGAGACCAAUGAUGUCGAAUGGAUUCCAUAAGUUAUUUUCCUCUGGACAACUGACUCAUUCCCCUUUCGACUGAUUUUAGAUAGAGACAAAUAGGAAUCCACCUCGAUCUGGGGUCCACCGAUUUUUCUAUUCGUGAUUAUUUUUUAAUGUUUUUUUGGUGAGAGCAGAAUGCUUACAGUCAGGAGACUCUUGAGAUUACACGAGGAUUAAUUUGAUUCUUGAUUGAUUGUAAUUAAGAUAAUUGACAAAAGUUCAUUAUUGAUUAAUCCAUGUUCGAUCGAACGACCUCAGAAUUUUAAUGAAUUCAAGACACUUUUUCAUCGUACAAGUCAUUAAAUCUUCAUGACUGCUUUAAUGAAUAAAUACUUUGAGAAUACAAA